AUGCUUGCGCAGAAGGCGAUCGAGAGCCUCACGCUGUCCUGCAGCGAGCUGUCCAGACUGAAUACCAGAAUGAUAGACGCGGAGGAGGGUGUCUACAUCGUCCAUGGACUGCCGACUGCCAUAAUCGACGUUGUCAUCGGUACUUCGUCCUUCCUUCGUGAGUUCUCGCACGGCAAGGACAUGGCCUACAUUACCAAGACCGCCAUCGAAGUCAUCGAGUUCGUCAAGAGCAAGGGCAUCGAGGUUCGGUUCUCGUCAGAAGACUCGUUCCGUUCCGACCUGGUAGACCUUCUCUCCAUCUACCAAACCGUCGACAAGAUCGGCGUCAACCGUGUCGGUAUCGCUGACACCGUCGGUUGCGCCAACCCUCGCCAGGUCUACGACCUCGUUCGUACCCUUCGUGGCGUCGUCAAGUGCGACAUUGAGAUCCACUUGCACAACGACACUGGCAUGGCUAUUGCCAACGCGUAUACUGCGCUCGAAGCCGGUGCCACCCACAUAGACACGUCCGUCCUUGGUAUCGGCGAGCGUGUUGGUAUCACCCCUCUCGGCGGUCUCGUCGCGUGCCUCUACGCCGCGAACCCGGAGUACGUCAAGUCCAAGUACAACCUUCCCAUGCUUCGUGAGAUCGAGAACUUGGUCGCGGAGGCGGUCGAGGUUAACAUUCCUUUCAUGAACCCUAUCACUGGCUACUGUGCAUUCACUCACAAGGCCGGUAUUCAUGCCAAGGCUAUCCUCAACAACCCUUCGACCUACGAGAUCCUCAAGCCCGAGGACUUUGGCCUCACCCGCUAUGUCUCGAUCGGUCACCGUCUGACCGGCUGGAACGCUAUCAAGAGCCGUGUCGAGCAGCUCGGUCUCAAGCUCACUGAUGACGAGGUUAGUGCCCUCAGCAAUACGGCGGCCACAUGA